AUGCCACAUCGCCAAAACACCGACGGAGCUGCAACGAGAAAAAGAGUUGCCAUUGCUGGAGCCACAGGACUAGUGGGCUCUGCGAUUUUACAAGAGUUGCUCCGCAAUCCGCAAUAUGUAGUGACAAUAUUAAGGCGACAAGGCUCGAAUAGUCACUAUUUUCAAUCAUCGCAGCCCAACUCCGGCGAGUCUACAUCUGCUGCGUUGUCCGUUGUUGAGGUAGACUUCAGCUCUUUCGAUAGCCUCCGCUCUGCACUUCAGGGCCACGCUGUACUCGUUUCGGCGCUGAGUAAGGUAGCGUUGUCCCAUCAGCCUCGCCUCAUCGACGCGGCCGUCGCGGCGAAUGUCUCGCGCAUCAUCCCCAGCGAGUAUGGUGCAGAUCUGAGGAACCCUCUAGUGCGCCAGUUCCCAACCUACAGCGCCAAGGUGAAGGUUCAGGAGCAGCUGGAGCGCCACCGAAUCGAAUCUGGAACUUCAUAUACGCUCAUCUGCAGUAAUGUCUUGUUGGAGUGGGCGCUGAUGAGUCCGGGCGCUCUCCUACUGGAUCCAGCAAAACGCGUCGCUACCAUAUAUGACAGCGGAAACACCGCGUUUUCCGUUACUACUUUGGCGACCUUGGCAAAAGCUGUGAUUGCUGUAAUAGACCACUAUCAAAAGACGGAAAAUCGAGCGGUCUAUAUUUGCGACAUUGUCACCACUUCCAACGAGAUUUGGCAGAUGGCACGGGAAGCUGCGGCUGCUGUGUUGGAUGACCAGGGCGGAUUGUGGCAAGCUGUCCAAGUUUCGACGACGGCAUCUCGCAUCGCCGCGCAAGCGGCCAUCGACCAUGGCGAAGAGAUCGGGCCGAAGAUCUUCUAUGGCUUCGCAGUGAGCGCUGCCUUCGGGGCGGGCUAUGGUGGUCAUUUUGAAACGACUGACAACGACGACCUGGGCGUCCAGCGCAUGACGAGAGAUGGUCUCAAACGUUUCGUGAGUGCUUGCGUUACUGCAAGAUAG